AUGAUCAAGAGUCAAGUUUUACUAUUUCUGUCCUUGGGGCUAACUGCUGUUACGGGCCGUUCUGCUAAGCCCAACUUUAUCUUCAUCAUUACAGAUGAUCAGGACUUGCAUCUAAAUUCUAUCGACUACCAGCCUUCGGUACAGAAGCAUUUUGCCCAAGAAGGUACCUGGUUCAAGAAGCACUUUUGUACUGUGGCAUUGUGCUGUCCAUCGCGGGUGUCCCUCUUAACAGGAAAAGCUGCCCAUAACACAAAUGUCACGGACGUCUCUGCUCCUUAUGGGGGAUAUCCUAGGUUUAUUGAGGAAGGGUUCAAUGAUCACUACCUUCCGGUAUGGCUUCAAGAGGCGGGAUACAACACCUAUUACACUGGCAAGCUUAUGAACGGCCAUUCUAUCACCACAUAUGAUGCACCACGAGCCCGUGGUUGGAAUGGUUCCGACUUCUUGAUUGAUCCAGGAACAUACGUCUUCUAUAACUCCACUAUGACUCGUAACCAUGACCCCUACAAGAAUCUACCAGGAGAGUAUUCGACUGAUCUAGUAGCCAAUGCUGCAGUUGGUUUCUUGGAAGAAGCUAUUGCCGCAUCUGAUCGACCGUUCUUUAUCGGUGUAGCGCCUAUAGCUCCUCACUCAGAGACAGUCACCAACCCACGGCCUGCCAAGUUCAACCCACCAGUUCCUGCGAAGAGACAUGAGCAUCUCUUUCAGAAUGUCACAAUACCGCGAACACCCAACUUCAAUCCAGACAAACCAGGAACAGCAUCCUACUUCAAGACCCUCCGCCAACUCAACCAAUCCGAGAUAGACUACAACGAUGAUUGGUACCGAAAGCGUCUACAAUCUCUGCAGUCGGUGGACGAGCUCAUCGGCUCCAUCGUUGCACGUCUAGAGGCAAACCCAGAGGUUCUUGAAAAUACUUACUUGAUUUACACAACAGACAACGGCUUCCACAUCUCUCAGCACCGCCUCCCGCCUGGCAAAAGCUGCGGCAUUGAGGAAGAUGUCAACAUACCCUUCUUCAUCCGCGGUCCUGGUAUCGCAAAAGGCGCUGUCCAAACUGUUCCUUCUAGCCACACUGAUAUCGUUCCUACACUAUUCCAUCUAGCUGGUAUACCUUUGCGAGAAGACUUCGACGGAGAGCCUAUUCCUGUCACUGAAGAGCUGCUUGCGCGGAACGAGAAAAGCGAACAUGUCAACAUUGAAUUCUGGGGUAACUACCUAGUUGAAGGAAAUACCUUUUUCGGGCAGAGCUCUUUGUUGAACAAUACGUAUAAGACUGUGAGGGUGGUGGGAGAGGAGUACGACUUGGCGUAUACUGUGUGGUGCACUAAUGAACAUGAACUAUACGAUAUGACGAACGAUCCUUAUCAGCUUGAAAAUCUUUACAACACGAACAGCACAGCCAUAAACGGGUGGCCUAUAGAUAAGAUCACGUCGAGACUCAAUGCUUUGUUGCUUACACUCAAGCGUUGCAAGGGCCGUGUUUGUACGAGGCCUUGGGAGAAAUUGCAUCCAGGAGGUGAUGUGAAGAGCUUAGGCGAUGCAAUGGAAGGGAGGUACGAUGUCUUCUACCUAGAAAAACAGCAUCAGGUUACUUUUGAAGAGUGUGCGUUGGGUCAGGUGUUGAGUUCUGAGGGUGCUUUAGAGCCGGUAAUCUGGCAGGAGGAGUGGGAUGCUUGGAGCUUGGCUACUUGA